GGUAUAAUGCAAUAUUGCAACUAUCAUAAAAUAUGAAGUGUUUAGAACGGCUCAAUGUCGUUCAGUAGUUUAAAACAAGGAAGACGCGUGUGAUUUGAAGGUUUGAAAGGAUUUGUUUUGAAUGUGAAAGGAUCAUAUUUAAGAUUGCUACAACUAAACAAUUACGUGAUGGAAUCCGAUGACAAGCAGACGUCUGGAUUGCCCAAUGGCUUUGGCUUUACACGCGAAACAGUUAAAUACCGGACUGAUAAUCAAAUAGUUGAACAGCGGACUGAUGAUCAAACAGUUGAACAGCAGACUGAUGAUCAAACCGUUGAACAGCGGACUGAUGAUCAAACGGUUGAACAGCGGACUGAUGAUCAAAUAGUUGAACAGCGGACUGCUGAUCAAACAGUUAAACAGCGGACUGAUAUUCAAACAGUUAAACAGUGGUCUAAUGAUCACACAAUUGAACAGCAGACUGAUGAUCAAACCGUUGAACAGCGGACUGAUGAUCAAACAGUUGAACAGCGGACUGAUGAUCAAAUAGUUGAACAACGGACUGAUGAUCAAACAGUUAAACAGCGGACUGAUAUUCAAACAGUUAAACAGUGGACUGAUGAUCAAAUAGUUGAACAGCGGACUGAUGAUCAAAUAGUUGAACAACGGACUGAUGAUCAAACAGUUAAACAGCGGACUGAUAUUCAAACAGUUAAACAGUGGACUGAUGAUCAAACAGUUGAACAACGGACUGAUGAUCAAACAGUUAAACAGCGGACUGAUGAUCAAACAGUUGAACAACGGACUGAUUAUCAAACAAUUAAACAGCGCACUGAUGAUCAAACAGUUAAACAGCGGACUGAUGAUCAAACAGUUAAACAACGGACUGAUGAUGAAACAGUUAAACACCGGACCGAUGAUCAAACAGUUAAACAACGGACUCAUACAGUUAAACAACGAACUGAUGAUCAGAUCCGACCGUGUUGCAAGAAUGGGAUUGAAAUACACGGUCGAGUUGGCGACAAUGGCACAAGUUCCAACAGCGUCGAAGGUUUUAAUAGAACUUGCAGUAUUGAAAUAGACACGUUGUGUGCGCAUCGUGUUCUUGAUCAGACAUUUACACCAAAUCAUCAGCCACUGAUACCAGAGGAUUUUAUCGACUGCAAACCCAGUCAACAACCAUCUGCUCCUCGUGGGAUUCUAUUUAAAACUAACCCAAAACCUGGGCAGAGUAGCGAGAUCCUAAUACCCCAUGAAUAUCAAACAGACACCGAUCUUGGCGACUUCUUUGGUGCAACUCUAUGCACGUAUUCCCAAAAAUCAGGUUCCAACAUUGAAUACCAGCAUAUAUUGACAGAUAUCAAAGAGGGCUUUCCGGCAAAGUCAAUGAGAAUAUGUGAAGGAGAUGAGCUAGUCCUGAUUGGUGAGACGUUUACACCGGCUCAAGAUCACGAUGCAGUGAUUAAUACGUUCAAAGACAUCGUUAAAGUGGACGGAACUUCUCGUUUUGCUCUCGUUUUACGAAAACUUGAAACGCAAAACAAAAAGAGGUGCUGGUACUGGUAUGAAACCAGUGCAAUACUAGCGCCGGACCAUAAAGGGCAUCGCUCCCCAGAUGUUUUGCAACCGCACUGUGCAGCAGUUGAUGAAAAACGAUAUGUACAUCAAAUAGUCUAUGAGAUACCCUGCGAUAGUUCACUAUACAUGUUUAUCGACGAGUCAGGCAUUCGUGCUGUACAUACCGAGGCUAACGACCAUUCUGUUUAUGUCAACAAGAUUAUACUGGUCUCGUUUACCCCAAAAGGAUUUACAUUACAAAAAGCAUUGUGCGGCAAAGACAACACAUCUUACGUUCGAAUGGACGAACAGAAAAAUGUGUGUAUUGGGACGGAGCCUACUUGGUUCGAUGAGGGAAAACAUGUCGGCAACGACGACAGCUUUGGGACAAAUGGGCACUAUAUGGUAUUUGACCGAAUAUCACAAAAGUUCGCAAUGGUCGCAACGUGUGACAAUCAGCAAACAGUCGAGAUAUUUAGAGGUUUUACACUGGAUUCUACUGAUGACGCAUGCGCACUGAGAACCACAUCUUACAGUGAACAUGGAUAUGGCGACUCAUUUAGGAGUCCAGAGAAUAACGAACGGACGCACCAUGACGUCGUUCCGCAAAGCCCCAUCUGUCUUUCUUUUGAGAACCUUGAGAUCGACUUCUCUAUGAUAAUUAUCGAAGAAAAUGAAGGAGAGGAACAAGAUCUCAAGUAUGAACUAGAAGAAGAAAUAACAGGAUAAGAAUACAAUGAAAAAUAUAACAUAGAAGAAGGUACUGAACCCUAACCUCACUUCGUGGAAAGUGCAUUACACCGAACGCGCUCAAUUUAUUUCAGCGUUUUAUAGCAUCGUAUUUCUCAAAACUAUUGUGCUACCUAAAAAUAACAAAUCACGACAAGGAAACCUUUCAAACUAGUUCGACGACAUGUACAUCAUCUUUUAUAUCGUGAUCAAAAGGUUUUAUUAUUUUACAACGUGUCAGUGUGUUUGUGUUUUUUCUACUUUUCUGCAUAUAAAACUUGACGUGUUAAAUUGAUGAAUAGUAAUAAAUACGAAAAGUAUUUAAACACAUCAAGCUCUUAUGAUAGUGUUUUUAGUGCGUUUUUAAACAGUGUUUUACUCUGAUUUUGACAACUAUUAAUAAAAAGAUCGUGCAUAGCCGUUUAAACGCCCUUGCUAUGUUACACCAGUUUGACGAUUUCUUACUGAGAUGUGUUACAAUGUGUGGAAUGUAUGAUUAUGAUGAUUUCUUCUGAAUUAUUGUCAUUAAGAAAGAUAUAAGAUUGUGCUUGAAUUUAAUUUGAUUACUUCAAAGUCGCAAACUUGUUCCUCUGUGAAUAUUCAACCAUUGUGUGAUUGAAUUGCAAUUUAUAAAUUGUUGUAUUGUUGUUUUAAUAUAUGUGCGACAUUAUGAGAUUAAUGCAUAUUUACACGUGUACGCAUUGUGAAUAGGUCUUUGCAAACUGUGAGGUUCGGCAUGUUUAUAUAUAGCAAACAAUGAAGCUCCACAACACCUUAUUAGGAGAUGAAUUUUUGUUCUUGUACACUACUUUUAUAACAGAAAACCCAUAAUUUACAUAAAAUGUUUAAAAUUGGGAUAAAACCUGUUUAAACCAUAAUUCCAUUUCUUGACCAUUCGAAAACGGUGCCUCUAGCUUCAAUCAGUUUUUAUUGUUUGUGUUGUCUAGUUUGUAUUGCCAUUAAUUGUAACGACAAUUGGUUGCCUUAUUGAAAUAGGCUAUCGAAGAUAGACAACAAUUCUCUUUUGACCAUGUUUCUGGAGUUGACACAUGACAACGAGUUAACUUGGUUUGUUUCUUUAUUUGAAUUGUCCAGUUUUAUGUAGUUUUAUGUACAUAAUCGUUUAAUUUUUCUUAACUGUACCAUGUAGCCAAAAUUAGCGAUUAAAGAUGUGGUGAAUUCGUAAA